UAUGCCUGCUUUUGUACUUUCUUCUUUGACCUUUAGUAAUUGUUCCAAGUCUGUGAUAUUUUCUGUUAGUAAUAUGUUGUCGUCUACAGAACUUAGAUUAUUGAGCUUCCUUUCUUCACUCCUCCUUCUUCUGAGUCUAAACCUGCUCUUUGUAUGAUAUUUUCUGCAUAAUAUCAGAGUUACCUCUUGUCCUAAGUAAAGAUUUGUCAAGAGGACUCUCAAAUGUAGUGGCACUCCCAUUUCUUUUUUGAGAGCAACAGACACACACAAACACAUACACAGAUAUAUAUUGCUUUCCCUUAGAAUUUGUUUCUCCAGCAGGGUUCCACUACAGUCACCAACUUUAACAUUAAGAAAUACAGUGGGCCCUUGGUAUCUGUUGGGGUUUGGUUCCAGGACCCUCUGUGGAUAACGAAAUCUGUGGAUGCUCAAGUCAUAUUAAGUGCAAUGGCAUAGGAAAAUGGUGACCCUUAUACAGAAUGGCAAAAUAAAGGUUUGCUUUUUGGAAUGUAUAUAUUUGAAAUAUAUUUUCAAACUGUGGCUGCUUGAAUCCAUGGGGGGUGGGAAAUCCAUGGAUACGGAGGGCUGAGUGUAUAGACUUUGCUUCACUGCCUGGCUCUCAAAAAAACUGGAGCAUAGUUUGCUGAAGUGGUCCUAUGGUCUGAAGAAGGGAAGGUUUUUUUUUUGCUUCUCUGAUUCUUUGCAUGUCGGUUUCUUAGCCAAAGAAGACAGUCUCCUUGGGUGGAUGGGGGAAUAGAGAAGAAGGGAAGGCACUUGGCCAGGCAAGAAGUGGCAGCUCCCCUCCCACCCCCACCACAGUUGUGCUCUGUGGUUUGGCAGGGGAGACGGGGAUUAUAGCAGGUGACCCCGUGUGGGUAGCCAAGGAGUCACUUCGGCCCACGACCGCCUAACCAGUGCUAAGCCUCAGCAGCUGCCCAUUGGAGCCAGGCACUCUGUCUCCAGCGAUGGGUGGCAGCUCUCUGAGGCAUCUCCUUGCAGCUGUGCUGCUUUCCACUCUGCAAGACAUUUCCGGGCAUUAAGGAGUGAUGCAGACUGACGGCAAGGCUUAGAGAGAUGGUCAGAAAGUUGCAGAUUGAUUGGAAUUGACAUCGGGAUGAACAAUUCCACCAAUGCAGGGUUUGGGGGUGGCCACUGCCAUCUUAAUGAUCCUGUGCAGUUCAUCCUGGUGCCAGCCGUCUACUGCCUGGUGCUGUGUGUGGGAUUGCCGGGCAACGUGGCAGCCCUGCUUGUCUUCUUACAGAGUGGACGCAUGCGGAAGGCCAUCCGCAUCUACCUCAUCAACCUCACCUUGGCAGACAUCUUCUUCAACCUCACCCUGCCCUUCUGGAUCCCCUACUACUUGGCAGAGGGGCACUGGGUUCUACCCGAAGCCUUCUGCCGCUUGGCUGGGGCCACUUAUUAUUUGGCUACCUACAGUGCCAUGGCCUUCAUGACCCUCAUCAGCUUGAACCGCUACUGCACGGUGGCCAAGCUGGAGCUGGCUUUGAACAAGCCCCCAGGAGCAGUGGUGGGGUGUAUCCUUGCUUGGGGACUGUGUGUGGCUUGUGCCGUCCCCUCCUUGGUCACACAGCAAACCCACCAAGCCGAAGAGAUCAGCACAAAAUGCUUUGAGCAACAUACGGAGCGGAGGAGUUAUGCUUAUGCCAUGGUGGUUCUCUUUGCAGUCUCCUUCUUGGUGGUCUUAGGAGCCUACGUGUCCAUCCUGAGGUCCCUCUCGGUUGCCGCUGGCCCCUGUCGAGGUGGUCAUCGGCGGCGGGCACAGGUCAUGGUGCUGGGAAUGCUUUUGGUGUUUGUGGUCUGCGUGGCACCCUACCACCUCUCCCUGGUACCUUGGGUAGCUGACCGGAUGUCCAGUCCGCUGUGCAGUCCUCCGUCAUUUCUGGACAACCUUCACAUGCUCAGUGUGGCUCUCUUGAGUCUCAACAGCUGUAUCGACCCACUCAUCUACUGUUUCUCUAUCAAGCGCUUUCGGACAGAUCUGUGUUCAAUAGUACAGAGGGUCACCCACUGUUGCCCAUGCCCCUCGGGACCACCACAGAGACCUCCUCUACCACCACCAUCAGAAAACAGAUUCCCACCCAACUUCAGGUCGUCUUCUUUAACCUCCUCAUAGCUUGGGUAUGGGGAAAGGAUUGUUUAGUCUACCAACGGGAUUCCCAGACCUUCGAAACUGGCCCUAGGUUUUUGGGCCUAUACUCUCUUCUCUGGUUCUCAGGGUGAAAGGGAGGAAUCUCAGGCCAAGAGCAUUGCCUUUAUUUCCCCACAGUGAAAGAUGAGCCAAUGCCUCCUAAAUGUUGAGUUGCAGCUCCCAGUGUUCCUCACCUAGUUGUGCUGGGUAAGGCUGCUGGGAGUUGCAGCCCGACAACAGCUACAAAUUUCCCCUUCCAGUGUUUGGAGAAACAUUAUUUUAUUUUAUCGAGUGCUUAAGAAACAUUAAGGACUGUUUCUUUGCAUUUGGGGUUCAUGGAAAAUAUGAAAGUUGCAAAGCUUGGAAUGCAUGUUUAUGGGGAGGUACGUGUCUCCGAACUGAGCUUACUUUAAUGGCAAAAGUGUAUCGGCUCACCGUCCUACGGUAUAAUCCUCAAUAGGUUUACUCAGAGGUCGGUCCCAGUUUGCUGAAUGCAACUUGUGAAUGAUGAAGCCUUGAUUUCCUGCAUGGCAGGGGGUUGGAUUGGAUGGCCCUUGUGGUCUCUUCCAACUCUACAAUUCUAUGAUUCUAUGAUUCUAAAGAAUUGGAUUUGUCAGAAUUAUUGCAAUAGGAAAUCUCUCUGGGGGGAAUUCCUUGUAAAAGUGUUUUCAUCCUUGUAAAAGGGCACCGCCAUGUGGCGAAGCAAAAGAGCAAACAAACAUUUUGUUUGUCUAGCAAAUAAUUAAAGAUGGCCUGAAAAGACGGGGGUUAAAAAGGGUUGCGUAUGUUUUGGUACUAUUGUAGAAACAGUCUCAGAAUAGGGAUCUCCUGCAGGUCUUUUCCUAAGUGUCUUUUCUCUCACCGUUGUGGUUAUUUUAAAAAUGGUAUUGCCCUGGAUUGCCUCUGUGGACUGAAGGGCACUUCAUCAAUAUAGCUUUAAUAUAUAACAAUCAUAAACAGUGCUACAGUGGUACAAUAAUUUACAUCUUUAUGGUUUUUUAAAUAAAAUAUAAAUAAAAUAUCCCAGCAAUCCUUAGCUUUUGUGCUUGUUGGUCACCCAGAAUCCUCUGGUACAGAAGUAACGUUAAAAGUCCAGCUGACAAGAGAUGAAAAAUAUUUGUUUAAAAUCACUUCCAUUCUCUGACCUGAAAACAGUUGGAGAGUGCCUUGGAUUCCAAUGUGGUUUUCCCCAGCAUCCAUUGGUCCAGAGGUCACUGAUGGUCCAAGCUCUGAAGGGUGGGAUGGGAGGUAACAUUCCCAGAAUGCCAAGCAGUUCACAGUCCCUGACUUGGGUCCGGUUCUGACUUGCAAAGGGGUGGCCCAAAGCAGUGUCUGUUGCAUGUCUUUCUUGGGCUCUCGACUGCUGAGACAGAGUCUCUUCCAAGUCAGUGGCGAAGGGUAGAGUAUAAGAAACAACCAAAGACCUCUCUUGAAAGGUUUUUCACAGUGCAGUGUGGAGCCCCCUGGAACGAAGCCUCAAAAAGUAGCACUUGGUACGCUCCACUAAAAACAUGCUGGUUGGCCACCAAAUCCUUGCUUUAGGCAGGAUAACUUUGCACCCAUCCACCUUCAGAGUUGGGCAGAAGCUUGGGUGAACGGUUCUCUGACCAUUACUUGGAACUUACUACAUUGCCAGGGGAACUGGGAUGAUGGUGUUGGUAGUGGACUGGGCAGUGGUGAAGAUAGGAGAUUGGAUGGGCGUAUGGGAGAAUGAGAACUUUGGAGAGCACCCAGGAGGUGGACAACCGUAGUGAUGCAAAAGGGCAGUUCUGCUGGUAUCUCCUAUGUCAGUUGGGUGAUGAAUUCAUGCUAGGUUUUAAUUCAGGAUUAGAAGGACCUUUAAUGCCUGAAUUAAGAUCUGGAGUAGGUUCACCAUCCCAUUGACAUUGACUCCAGUCACCAUUGACAAAAGGUGACCUUCAGCAGUUGUGUUGGUAGCUCUUAUGUCAGUUGGGUGGUGAAUUCAUGCUAGGUUUUAAUUCUGGAUUAGAAAGACCUUUAAUGCCUGAAUUAAGUUCUGGAGUAGGUUCACCAUCCCAUUGACAUUGACUCCAGUCACCAUUGACUUUGGUUCUCCUCAACCUGCCAGCCAUUUCCUCAGACCCAGCAACUCCUCUCUUUAAUUCUCCCCCUUCAUACCAUUUCUUCUAUCCCUCCUAACAAGAAAGAGAUGCAUGGGGAUGAGGAAAUACAAAGUGAUACGUCCAGCCCUUAAUUUGUCUCUGGUAUAUAGGUGUGAUUCCUCACAACCAACCCCGAGAAAUAUUACUAAUAUCUAAAAGGUUUUAUCUCAACGUUCCUAAAAGAAAUCUAUUUUCUUUGCCUGAGCAAGGCCUUCCAAACCCAUUUCAGUUUUGGUUUUUUUGCUUUGGGAUGAAAUUUGAUGGUGAUUUAGAGGUAUGUGGAACCUCCUCUCUCCUCUAGAGAAGUUUAAUAAAAUAAAACGCCUUGCAAUUCUUCCCUUAGUAAUUGCCCAAGGAUGUUGCAUCUCAACAGAUUCCCACAGACUUGCCUUGUGUUAGGCACAAUGUGACUACAGCUCUACUCUCAGCUUUCUGGUACAGUCUCCUUGGUCCUGAGCUUGCCCUCCCACAUCCCCAUGUCAUACUUUAUAAAGCCAUGCAAUUGCUCUAGGUCUUCAUGUUGGAUGUUUUUGCGCAUGCAUGCAUACAUGCAUGCAUGCAUGAAUGAAUGGGGCUGCUAUGUUCAUUUUUGAACCCCCCUCCCAGGCUGGUAAAGUGCUGAGAAGCCAAGAACUUUCAAAUUUCCAUUCCUCAAGACUAUCUGGGUCCAUACCACAGACAAGAGCUAGAAACACUUUGGGAACCCUCUAGAAAAACCCUACAUGGGGGAAAUCACUCGUAUUAUUGGAGAGGCAUGUUCUCUCACCGCUGGCCCAGGCCUGGUCCAGAGGAAAGGAUCUGGAACAUAUUCCUAGAGCAAUAGGACUUUUUAAAACCUCCACAGUGGUUAGCAGGAGCAUAGCUGAGUGCAUAGAGUCCCCAGGGCAAAAAGCACAAAUGAAGUCUCUCAAAUGUGGCUGCUUGUGCCAUUUUGUCUGUCGCCAAGAUCAGAGAGCAGCAGAAGGCCAUCACUGGCUGGAGACCAGGAGGCAAUGCUUCUCCCUGUCCAGUGGUAGCCAUACCAGGGUCAGAUAUUUGAGUUUUGGGGUGUUAGAGGGUCUGGGACCCUCAAAAUGGCAUUGGGGGCUGCAUGUGGUCCAUGGGCCACAAUUUCCUGACCCAGGGAUGCAUGGAAGCAAACAAGUUUAAUGGACUCCCCAUGAUUUUGGCAGCGUAUACAGUACAGAAGAGUAGUAAUUCUUGCUGAAAUUUAUUAGUGGGUGAAAUAACCACUGUUUGAAGGAAAUGGCCUUUGUUGAGCAAAGGAAUUCAAGAUACACCUUUGUGAUGAAAUUAUCUAUCAGGACAGUUGGAGGGUAUGGUGGACAAGGCUUGGAAGAAGACCUCUUGAGUGGAGAAGUCAGAGAUUUCGUCUGCAUCCUCUCUACUUGCCAGCAGAGGGCUGUGUUGCAUUUCUUAAUAAGGCAUGGCUUUGCUGCCUUUAACUAGAUGGGUGCUUAAUGGAAACAAGAGCUUGUCUAGUGAGCAUGAGAAGGUUUACUGCAGGAAGAGCUCUGAGUUCCUUCCACAAAGCCAGAAGAGGAUAAAAGGGGUGGGUUGGGGUGCAAGAUUCCAUGGCGGCUGAAUAUUUGGAGUAUAAAAUAACCUGGAGGGCUAGCAUGGUGUAGUGGUUUGAACAUAG